GUAAGAAAGGAAAAGAAAGGAAAAAGAAUAGAAAGGAAAAAAAGAAAAGAAAAGAAGAGAAGAGAAAAGGAAAACGGUUAUCAUCGUCGUACAAUUCAAUCGAGUGCGAGAAAGACAAAACUUUUUGUAAAGUACUUUACGAAUUUUCUAACCGUGGAAAAGAAAAGGAAGGGAAGGGGACCGAUGGUGGCUGGUUAGAGAUGACUGUACCGAACGAGAGUUUUAUCGAGUUAGUCGACGAGUUCGACGACACGUUCGCCCAACUUACUUAUGGAAGUAGAAAUAGAAAUACCCGGGAAAUCUUACGGAUUGUUUAUCGACUAGUCUCGAGAUUUCUUUGCGCUCGUUGGACUCAUUGAAUUUCUCUAAUACGAUAACGAUUUUACUUUUGCCAAUAUGAAAGACUUCUUUAUAUCUUUAAAAUGAAUUAUAACGAGCGAUUAAUUUCUAUUUCCGUACGAUUUUCUUUCGUAAUAUAAAGAAUCUCAUUUUCCAGGUAAAGUACUUUAUAGAGAUCCAUGGUUGAAAAAAGUUUCUUCCAACGUCGUCGACUAUGAGCUGCGAGUACAAACUCUCGGUCUUUUAGCGCGACUCUCUUUAUCCUUACCGAAACAAACUUUUCAAAGCGACUACUUGUUAUGACAAGGCGAUUAAAAAGUCGAGAAUUCGUGCUGUUGAAUUCAAAGGGAAUAUUUCAGAAUUGUCAGCUAACGCUCUUUGAAGAAGGAAAUGGAUUUUCUUAUUUGAAUAAUUUCUAAUGAAAUAAUUUCUAAUUUGUAUCAACGACGAGACGGUAACAAGUCGUUAAGAAUCGUACGAUUGAGAGCUAAUUUUACUUCCUUGCUCUCUUCAGGUUGUUCUUCUCGUUCGUAAAAAGUUUUUAGACGGACGUGAAUUUUUUGACAAGCGUGUUUAGCUAUUCGACCAUCAAUAUGAACUCAACGACCAACAAACGAAACAUUCGCUUAGUUUCGAAGCAAUCCCUGGGCAAAAACGAAGAAGGACUUCGUCAUAACAAUUCCAAAUCAGUAAUGUUGGCUUAGGUUAUGUACACGUGCUUUUUCUAACGGGCAUUGGUAUAAAAUAUAAAUCCUUGCGUAUACUUUAACGCAGGACGUUUCGUAACAAGAGAUCUUCGUCGAGAACUUAUAAAAGCUUAUGAAAUUAAAGAGGAACGCGCGUUAAGAGAUACAGGCGUCUCGUAACGAUGCGUCGGUACCGCUUGCGAGUUUUGAUUAUUUUUCUUUUUCCUUUUCUUUUUCUCUCUUUCUCGAUAAAGUACCAAGACCGAAGAACGUUCGAUUCUUUUUCGUCGAUCGAUACAAUACCUGACUAAAAUGCUCUCUUGUACGACGUCUGCAGGAUAAGAGGAAAAAUUUGUCGAAAUUGUCGAUCGUGCCCACUACGAGCCGUUUUUUAUUUCAUUUGCGAGGAAAUAAAUUAAAGGUGAGUAUCGACGAAGGUCACCGAGAAGCAGGAUGAAAUAACAACGGAGGACGCAAUCGAAAUGUCUCUUAUUUCUAUAUACACACAGAUACCAGUAUAUCAAAACACGUAUCGCCUGGAACCCUUCAAAUCUUUUAGUGCCAAUACGGUCGACAAAAUUAUUUCUGCCGUGAUGGAAAGUAAAUUAUCGCUCCUCUCGGUCUACCAUCCGGAUAAUGCAUCCAAGUUAUCUAUGGAGAUUUCCAACGACGUCUACAGAGCGAUCAACAAGAAAGAUUACGAUAGAUGUAAAAUAGUGGUACAAGUGACUAUCGUGCAACGUAUGUGGCAAAGCGUACAUUCCGCCUUUCAGUGCCUCUGGGACGCGGAACGUGACAAUUACUCGUACUACGUUUUCGAAAAUGCUCACAUAUACGCGUGGUGCUGCGUGUUCGGUCUUUACUACGAAUGAAAACGAAAUUUCCUCUCUCUCUC